AUGACUGGCCUGGACCACACCACCGUCUUCACUACUCAGAUUGGCUCGCAGUGUGAAGCAUACCUAUCUCCAGCCUGCCCUUGCGGAACCCCAGGCGAUGUUUGGCGAGGACACCCCUGUGGCUUGGCCAUCACCUUCGAUCGUGGGGGAGACACCGUGUCUAGUCAUGGACGCCUGGACAUGCUGGCCGCAUGCCCCGAGGAGACAAACACGUUUGUCGCAAUUACUCAACAAUUGGAAUCUAGGACCUACUCACUCCCCAGGCCAUCUUUGCCGACACUUGUCCAAUUUUCGACAGUCGCUGUGUCCACCCACUCCAUAAGUUUGAUCACGAAACACCAGUCGGACGAGGACGGGACCCAUGUCUAUUUGCAGUGCGGGGAAAGUUACGCGUUUGAGGACGAUCUCGGUGUCUGGCGCAACGAAUUACGAUUGUCGCCCGCCAGCGUUUCUGGGGCCCCGCACCACAACCAUCAGAAGGCCUUGACGGUCCGAUUCGAGGCAAAGACGAACUGGGAACGUCUGGCGGCAUGACAUCAGAAACGAAGAUAAGAAAGAAUCCUCCACGCUGUUUUGACGAGACUUUCCUAUUGAUGUCAUGUUGUUGAGGUUCAUGGUCACGUCAUGAAGGAAUCAGAG